CCAAAAACUUUGCAAAUCUUCAGAGGUCCCGUUUUUGCAAUCAACGAAGGCGCGUUUUGCGGAUGUUUAUAGUGUUUGUACGACUCCCGAAUGGCUGGACUGGACGAUUACGAGCGGUAUCUGGAAGAUGAGGAUGAGUUAGAUAAUGCUCGGUUCAUAUCAACCUACAAAUCCACCCUGGAUGAGCCGCCGUAUCAGUUUGUCAACUCGGAACGAGAUCUUACGCUCCCGCUUCAGAAGCACAAAACCGUUCAGCCACUGUACGAAAGCCCCGAGGAUGAAAUCUCCCUGCGGAAGUACCUCGGUGCGAGCGUUAACCUCAUCAGUUUGAUAACGGAGAACCUACUAUGCCAUCCAUUCCUGGUGCUGCGUCGCCAGUGCCAGGUGCAUCAUGCGGCGAAAAAAUACCACAUAGUUCCGGUCACGCUGAUUCCGGUGAUUGUGCAUCUUCACCAGCGGCAGGGCGUGACGACGCUAUGGAAAGGCAUCGGUAGCGUUCUUCUCGUGCGCGGCAUGACGCUGGCCGUGGAAGAUGUGAUAUCUAAGUUUACGCCCUGGCCAAAGGAAAUCAACACUAAAACCACCCUCAAACAAUUCGGGCAACAUUUGUUGCUGAAAUGCAUAAGCAUAGCUACGGUGGUGCCGUUUUACUCCGCGUCGUUAGUGGAAACGGUCCAGAGCGAUAUUGCCAGUGAGAAACCGGGUAUUUUUGACGUGUUCCGCGAAGGAGCCAGUAGGUUGCUCUCCUGGAGUGUCCCGCAGAGAGGUCGAAUGCUACCGGUUUGGGCACUGGUCGGGCCCAGUAUAUCGCUCGGGCUGUCCAAAUAUGUUUGCCAGUUGUUUGUGCGCGGUGUUUCGACGAGAAUCAUGUGCCGACGGGUUACAUUCUACGAGGAACGGAAGGGCGCCCGCACUCGCGAUUUCGCAGCCCAGAGUCAGGUGAUCGAGGUUUACUCGACCAUGAUUUCGCUGUUCGCGACAGAGAUGAUUUUCUACCCGUUCGAAACCAUCCUGCACCGCCUGCAGCUCCAAGGCACGCGCACGAUCAUCGACAACCUGGACUCGGGGUACUCGGUGGUGCCCAUACUUACCAGUUACGAGGGUGUGGUUGACUGCUACCGGCAAACGCUGGCCACGGAGGGAGUUGGCGGUUUGUACAAGGGCUUCGGUGCGAUGAUUCUGCAGUUUGCCGCUCACGUGGCAGUGAUCAAGCUGGGCAAAUGGUUCAUCACGCAGAUUUCGGAGCUCAUGUCCAGCAAACCUCCCGCCAAAGUGGUCGAGUUCUACAAGUUGGAGGGCAAAACCCCCGUGGGCUCGGCGACCAUGUCGCGGAGUAUCAGCGGCAUCAGUUCGCUCAGUGAUGAGUUGUCUUAGAGUGUUGUGCAAAGAAAAGAAGUGAAAG